CCCGGCCCCGGUCCCGGCCCGCUCAUGGCGGCCCGGCGGCUCCGCGGUGCCCUCCAGCUCGGGGCGCGGCAGCGCCUGCGGGCCGGGGCGGCCCCGCCCUGCAGACACGCAGCCCUGUGCGGCCUCCGGCUGUCCCGCCUGGCCAGGCCGGGCCCCGCGCCCUGGGAGCCCCGUUCCCAGCCCAGCAGGACCUUCCUGAACCUCACCAACAAGCGCAAGGAGUACUCGGAGCGGCGAAUCAUCGGGUACUCGAUGCAGGAGAUGUACGACGUGGUGGCCAACGUGGAGGACUACAAGAACUUCGUGCCCUGGUGCAAGAAGUCGGUGGUGGUGUCGCGGCGCUCGGGGCACAUCAAGGCCCAGCUGGAGGUGGGGUUCCCGCCCGUGCUGGAGCGUUACACGUCCAUCGUCACCCUGGUCCGGCCUCACCUGGUCAAGGCUGUCUGCACCGACGGGCGCCUCUUCAACCACCUGGAGACCAACUGGCGCUUCAGCCCCGGCAUCCCCGGCUACCCCCGCACCAGCACCGUGGACUUCUCGAUCUCCUUCGAGUUCCGCUCCCUGCUGCACUCCCAGCUGGCCACCGUGUUCUUCGACGAGGUGGUCAAGCAGAUGGUGGCCGCCUUCGAGCGCCGCGCGGCCAAGAACUUCGGGCCCGAGACCCGCAUCCCCCGCGAGCUCAUGUUCCACGAGGUCCACCAGACGUGAGGGCGGCCGGGCCGGGCCCCCCCCGGACUGUGCCGGGCUGGGGCUCCCCUGCCCCGUGCCCACCCCCCAAAUAUUUAUUCGAGUGCGUCUCCGCUGCCGUUGCCUCAGCGUCCCCCCCCUGGUCCCGG